AUGGCGGCCCUCUUCUUCGACCUCAGCCUCCUCCCCGCCGACUCCGACCCCGCCUCCGCCUCGCGCCACCUCGCCGCCGCCCGCGCCCUCGAGCUCGGCUACUCCGGCGCCGCCCUCGACCACCCCCACCGCGGCCUCCUCGACGACUCCCACUCGGCCGCCCUCCGCAUCGCCCCCUUCCCCCUCCCCCUCCCCCUCCCGCCGCCCCACCGCCACCGCGGCGGCCGCAGCAGCAAUGGCUCCACCGCCGCCGCCUCCCAGCGCCCCUUCCGCCAGCUCACGCGCGUCACCCUCUCGCUCGACUCCGCCGCCGCCUGCGGCUCCGCGCUCGCCCCCUCCGCCGCCCGCCUCCUCCGCACCUACGACCUCGUCGCCGCGCGGCCGCUCACCCAGGCGGCCCUGGACCACCUCUGCCAGGCCCAGGCCGUGUCCGAUCACCUCGACAUCCUCUCCAUCGACUUCUCCCACAAGCUGCCCUUCCGCCUCAAGCUCCCCAUGAUCAAGCUCGCGCUCCAGAGGGGGCUGCACUUUGAGAUUGCGUACUCGCCGCUCAUCGCCGACGCCGAAUCGAGGAAGCAGGUGUUAGCACAAGCCAAGCUCUUGGUGGAUUGGACUAAAGGAAAAAAUCUCAUCAUUUCAAGUGCUGCUCGGGCUGCUAAUGAGAUUAGAGGCCCCAAUGAUGUCAUAAAUUUAUGCGCUUAUUUGCUUGGCCUUUCUACUCAGCGGGCCAAGGCUGCGGUAUCGGCCAACUGCAGGUCACUGAUUUCCAAUGCAUUGAGGAAGAAACAUUUCUACAAAGAAACUAUUAGAAUUGAUAGGCUUCUACCAAAUGAGCAGUUGAAUCUGUCAAAUUUUAAGCUUGGUGACUGGAUUGGUUGGGACCCUUUGUAUUGUAAAAGAGAGGUGCAAUCUUUGGAGACAAACCUGGAGCCUUCCAACAAAGAUCAACUACCGGGUUUACCUGUUGAUAAGUCUGUCCUUGUUGAGCAGCUCGAUGAGUCAAGCAAUUAUAGAGACAUCCCAUUACCAUCUGGAACUCAAGAAGAUAGUUUACAAGUCAACAGAGGUGAAAUUAUUUGUCAACUGCCUACAUUGCCAGCAUCUUUUGGCCAUGAGAAUGUUUCCACCAUUUUGGAUAAACCUGAGAAUGAUGAAAAUAUAGCUCAUCAGAUGCAGGCUGCUGAUGUCCCUUUUGUUGAACUGAAAAGCAUUGAUCAACACAUUGAAUCUGUUCAAGACAGAAUGCAACUAGAUGAAACAGAAUCAUUUAAAAUUAACCUCGCUUCUGAUGAUAGCUUGGUGUGUUCUGCUUUUCCCUCUACGAUGGAGCCUUCUGAUGCUACACUUGUCAAUAAGUGUUCUCAUCAAUCCAGCGACAUUCUUGAUUAUGGCAAGGCUUGUAGAAACUGUGAAUCUGACCUCACCUCCUGUGUCAGGGUGGAUAAAUCACCACUAGAUUCUGAGAUUCCUUCAGGUUCUAGUGUCCUCCCUGAGAAUAAGGUGCUUGAUCUGUUCAAUGGCAUUACAGUUGAUUCUGAAACUCCAUUGUGGUGCCCCCCUUGUGGGAGGGAUGAUGAGGCACCUUCAGAUCUUGCACUUCGCUGGGAUAGUGAUUUAUGCGGGGAUGUCAUGAUGCCACAACAUGUCAUCAAGGGUGGAAUAGAGCAAAUUACAGAUAAACAAAUAAUCCAUACUUUGAGGGAUAAAAUAGAGUCAAUUGACAGAAAUGGUACUAUUUCAACGACACAUGCCUUUCAUGGUCCAGAGACCGUAUCAACUGCUUGUAUGUAUAAUAAAGGAUCUAACACAACAUUGGGAACUGAUGAGUUGACAAAACAAGUCCCAAAUGAAACCAGUACCUCUUUGGAUGAAGAUAUUGCUGACAUACACAAGCAGCCACUGAACAAUUCCUUUGCUAGUGGUGAGGUAGAGGUACCCCAAGUUAUAUCAGAAAAGCAAAGUCAGAAAGUAAGGGUGCACCAUACAGCUUAUCUGCCUUUCUUGGGCCUCCUUAAGUCUCUGCAUUUCAAGAAGAAAGCAUGCAAACAUUAUGUGGUUUUUGCUUCCCUGCAAGUUCUUGUUUUCCGCUCUUCCAGUGUGCCCACACUCCAUGCACCUUCUCUUCUAGCCUCCAACCAGAAAAUCAGACCAUGGUGCUUCCAGAUCCGUGCAAGGGACCUGGUUGUUUCCCACCAAAGCACCACAAUUCAAGGAACAUGUGGCAGUGGCACAUCCUCUUCUUCUUCCUCUUCCUCUUCCUCUUACUCUUCCUCUUCAUCGUCUCAUCCAUUCAUCAGCAUCAAUGGUGUCAAGGCGGAUAGUGCCUUCCUCCCGAUCUCAUCUCAUCAUCCACCGGCGCCGCUGUCUGGGCAUUUGUCGCCGGAGGAGGAGCUUCCGAAGGCGGCGGCGGCGGCGGUGGGGAGGUACAGCGCGGAGGAGCGGCGGGAGCGCAUUGAGAAGUAUCGGAGCAAGCGCAACCUCCGUAACUUCGACAAGAAGAUCACCUACGCUUGCCGGAAGACGCUCGCCGACAGCCGGCCCAGGGUGAAGGGCCGCUUCGCCCGCAACUCCGGCGCCGGCGACGCCGACGGCAGCCAGUCGACGGAGCUAGCAGAUGUGCUGUCGCCGCCGCCGCCGCCGCCGCCGCCAAUGAACGCAAUGUGCAACGAGGAGGACGACGUGCCGGAGUGGUGGCCGGCGGUGCAGGAGGCGCUGGCCAGGCAGGAGGACGACGACGACGACCUGCUCGCCGCCUACCUCGGCGUCUCCUCCAUCAACCUAUACUCUCCUCGCGGCCACUCAUCAUGAGAUCUAGCUCACCUUAUGUAUUGCGCAUAGUGGCCGAAACAGGCCUAGGGCAGUUAGGGCUUAAGCCCUAGUCUAAGUUUAAAAUCUUACUGAAAUUAGAUGAAUCUAUCAUAUAAAUUUUAGAAAUCAUUAAGCACAUGAUAGCUUAGCUCUAGGCUUAAGCGUUUUUCGGUUUCGCUUCUGGCGGCACAGCUAGCUGCCCAACUUAUACUCAUCAAAUGCACGAUUUAUGACUUAGUAUU